CCGCGGAGACCUCCGGGCGGUGAUCGGCGCCCGGGAAUGCGGCUGUGAAGGGGCCGAGCUGCAGCCCAGCGGGAGGAGACCCCGGGACGCCGGAAAUAACCAUCUGGAAGCUGCAGGGAAGGGGUGGGGGGCAGAGCCUUCUUCAUUCAGUUGUGUGCCUUGAAGGGAUUCUCUCUUUUUUUUUUUUGAAUCGUUCUUUUGAAAGAAACAUUUCCGCGCUACUGUCUGUCAGCGUCUCGGGAGACCGCAGCCCGAACCACCGGAACGUAACUGGAAGCAGACCGGAGCAGGAGCCGCGCGUCCCUGCAGCGCCCGGCCCCCGCGCCACCUCGGCACAGGACCGCAUCUCGGGCGGCCGCGGGGCUCCCGCCAAACUUCGGGGCGGGCGGAGCGGGCUGGGGUGCCGAAGGGACGCUUGAGACGGCGGGCGGCCCCCUCACCAUGAUGUUUCGCGACCAGGUCGGGGUGCUGGCGGGCUGGUUUAAGGGCUGGAACGAAUGCGAGCAGACUGUUGCGCUGCUGUCGCUGCUCAAGCGCGUGAGUCAGACCCAGGCCCGCUUCCUCCAGCUCUGCCUGGAGCACUCGCUGGCCGACUGCGCCGAGCUGCACGUCCUCGAAGGCGAGGCCAACAGCCCCGGAAUCAUUAACCAAUGGCAACAAGAAUCCAAGGAUAAAGUGAUUUCCCUCCUCUUAGCUCACCUGCCUUUGCUGAAGCCAGGGAACCUCGACGCUAAAGUAGAGUAUAUGAAACUGCUGCCCAAAAUCCUGGCGCACUCCAUUGAACACAGCCAGCACAUCGAAGAGAGUAGGCAACUGCUGUCCUAUGCGUUGAUACACCCGGCCACCUCGUUGGAAGACCGCAGCGCUCUAGCCAUGUGGCUGAACCACUUGGAGGACCGCACGUCGACCAGCUUCAGCGGCCAGAACCGAGGCCGCUCAGACUCUGUGGAUUAUGGACAGACACACUACUAUCACCAAAGACAGAACUCCGACGACAAGCUCAACGGGUGGCAGAACUCUCGGGAUGCUGGGAUUUGCAUCAACACCUCCAACUGGCAGGACAAAAGCCUGGGGUGUGAGAAUGGCCACGUGCCCCUCUACUCCUCCUCGUCCGUCCCCACCACGAUCAAUACGAUUGGAACCAGCACAAGUACAAUUCUCUCAGGCCAGGCACACCACAGCCCUUUGAAACGAUCUGUGUCCCUUACCCCACCCAUGAAUGUGCCAACCCAGCCUCUAGGACAUGGAUGGAUGUCUCAUGAGGACUUACGAGCUAGAGGAGCCCAGUGCCUCCCCUCCGAGCAUGCCCCCCUGUCUCCACAAAGCAGUGUAGCCUCUUCAGGAAGUGGUGGGAGUGAGCACUUAGAAGAUCAGACCACUGCUCGUAACACAUUCCAAGAAGAAGGUAGUGGUAUGAAAGAUGUUCCAGCCUGGUUGAAAAGCCUCCGCCUGCACAAGUACGCCGCGCUUUUCUCCCAGAUGACCUACGAGGAGAUGAUGGCCCUCACUGAGUGCCAGCUGGAGGCCCAGAACGUUACCAAAGGUGCAAGACACAAAAUUGUCAUCAGUAUUCAGAAGCUCAAAGAAAGACAGAGCCUCCUGAAGUCUCUGGAAAGGGACAUCAUCGAGGGGGGCAACCUGCGCCUCCCACUCCAGGAGCUGCACCAGAUGAUCCUGACGCCCAUCAAGGCCUACGGCUCCCCGAGCACCACCCCAGAGGCCCGUCGCCAUGAGCCCCAGGGCCCCCACCAGCCUUCACUGAUGGGCCCUGAGAGCCAGAGCCCUGACUGCAAGGACAGUGCUGGGGGGCCCGGCGCCACGGCCACCACCUCAGCCGGGGCCAGCGGCGGCCUCCCGCCUCACCAGCUGAGCAGCUGUGACGGGGAACUGGCCGUGGCCCCUCUCCCGGAGGGCGAUCUCCCCGGACAGUUCACGCGUGUCAUGGGCAAAGUGUGCACCCAGCUCUUGGUCUCCAGGCCGGAUGAGGAGAAUAUAAGCUCCUACCUACAGCUCAUAGACAAAUGUCUGAUUCACGAGGCAUUUACAGAGACGCAGAAAAAGAGAUUGUUGUCAUGGAAACAGCAGGUGCAGAAGCUCUUUCGGUCUUUCCCUCGGAAAACGCUUCUAGACAUAUCAGGAUAUCGACAGCAAAGAAAUCGUGGCUUUGGACAGUCCAAUUCCCUCCCAACUGCCGGCUCGGUGGGCAGCGGCAUGGGCAGACGGAACCCACGCCAGUACCAGAUCCCCUCACGGAAUAUCCCUUCCGCCCGGCUUGGACUCUUGGGCACCAGUGGAUUCGUCAGCUCCAGCCAGCGCAACACCCCUGCCAACCCCACCAUCAUGAAACAAGGAAGACAGAACCUCUGGUUUGCCAACCCCGGGGGCAGCAACAGCAUGCCCAGCCGGACCCACAGCUCAGUCCAAAGGACCCGCUCUCUGCCCGUGCACACUUCUCCACAGAACAUGCUGAUGUUCCAGCAGCCAGCAGAAUUCCAGCUUCCUGUGACUGAACCUGACAUCAACAACAGGCUGGAGUCCUUGUGCCUCAGUAUGACCGAACACGCCCUGGGAGAUGGGGUGGACCGGACCUCCACCAUCUAGACGCCGAAGAUGAGAAGGACAGCGCUGGCCGUGAAAUCGACUGCUGCGGGUCCAGUGUCAGCCAUCUUCAGGGUUGCUCAGAAUCUCCCAGGAUCCUUUGCAGCCUUUUUUGUUUUUUUGGUUGUUGUUCCCGGUCCCUCUCCCAUUUUGAUUUUGCGAGAGCGUAGGUCGUCCUUGUAAACAUAUCAGUAGACCUGG